AGGAAGUUGUCUCUGGGAAAGGCUGUGUUGUCUUCCUGACAGCCGACAGUCAACUCCAGCUGACAAAGUCUGCCAUGUUCAUUUCCAGCUAAUAUUAUUACCCAAGAAAUAGUUAUUGUCUGUUCAGAAACGGGAACGAUGGAGGUCGACUCAGUCUUCUACACUGACAAUAGUGGAAGGGUCAACAGUAACCCACUGCUGGACCAGCUCCCCAGCUACCAGUCCCUGCUGUACCGCAGGAAGUCGUCGGCUGCUGGCACCAAACGUAGGAGCAGCUCCAGAGGGAGACUUGGCUCUUCAGGCAGUGGGAAAUGGGGCAUUAACACAUUCAGAAGACAUAAGGAGAAACAGAAGAGCCUGAUGGAGCAGAAACCCGUCAGGGAGCUGGCCAAGACCAUGGCGGAUAAACGCAGAGAGAAAACGCAGCGCUUGGAGGAUGAUCGAGAGCUCAGCAGAGUGACACAGUUGAAGCACAACACCAGCAGGUAUCUGAGGAGGCUGAAGGAUGAUGCCCAAGAAUGGGUGAACUCCCUGAAGCUCUGGAGAGGAGACAUCCACCUGAUAGAGGGAACGUUCGGCACAGGGAUCCUGUCUUACUUCUCCUUCCUACGCUACCUGGUCAUGCUCAACUUGAUCAUCUUCCUGCUCAUGUUCAGCUUCGUCAUGCUACCCCUCAUCAUAGCCCCCAGCACUUCAGGGAACAUCACCUACAACCAGAACGAGGGAGGUGUGUGCAGUUUUUAUCCAAGCAGCGCCCGGCGAGGUCUGGUGAUCUUUCAUGAGCACAUUACAGAUCUGCUGUCUGGUGGAGGCUUCCUGGAACAGACCUAUCUUUUCUAUGGCUACUACAAGGCGGACAAAAUACACUUUCCAAAGGCUACUUAUAAUCUGCCGCUGGCGUACCUGCUGGUCACCAUCGCCUACCUGUUCCUCAGUCUCAUCUGGAUUGUUAAAAGGUCUGCCAGAGGAUUCAAACGCAAUCUGAUUCAGGAUGAGGAUCGCUUUCAGAGUUUCUGCAACAAGAUAUUUUCAGGCUGGGACUUCUGCAUCACGAACGAGAAUGCCGUGAAGCUGAAGAGAAGCAGUUUGCUCUAUGAGCUCAGGACGGAUUUGGAGGAGGAAAGGAUCAAACAGAAAAUAGCAGAUCGCACUCGCAAAGAGAAGUGUCGGAUUUACGUCGUCCGCCUCAUUCUCAACCUUUUUGUCAUCUCCGUACUGGCUGGUUGCUUCUACAGCAUUUAUGUGGCCACCAUCUUCUCCCAGAAAGUACAGAUGGAUAAGAUAAAGGAGAAUUUCAUCGUGGAUCUCAUCUAUGAGUAUCUGCCCUCAAUUGUUAUCACCAUGGCCAACUUCAUCACCCCCCUCCUCUUCUCUGUUAUCAUCAAUUUUGAGGACUACUCACCUGCCUUUGAGAUCCGGUUCACUCUCAUGAGGUGUGUCUUCAUGCGGUUGACCAGUAUCGGGGUCUUGCUCUUCUCUCUCUGGUAUCAGAUCACUAAAUGUGAAACAGACCCCUGUAUCUGUGGUUACAACCAUAAGCUUUACUCUUGCUGGGAGACCCGUGUGGGCCAGGAAAUGUACAAACUCACCAUCUUUGACUUCAUCAUCAUUUUCGCAGUCACCAUUUUUGUGGAGUUUCCCAGAAAGCUGAUAGUGAAGCACUGUGACUGUGGCCUGGCUAAGUGGUGGGGCCAGCAGGAGUUUGCUAUUCCUCAGAAUGUGCUCGAGAUUGUCUAUGGUCAGACCAUCUGCUGGAUCGGCACCUUCUACAGCCCGAUGCUGCCUGCCAUCUGCACUAUUAAAUACUUCUUUAUCUUCUAUAUCAAAAAGGUCUCACUGAUGAACAAUUGCCGUCCAGCCACACGUCCGUUCCGAGCUUCCAGCUCCAACUUCUUCUUCCUGGUUGUGCUGCUGAUCGGCCUGGCUCUGGCCUGUGUGCCUGUCAUUUUCAGUGUGGCACAAAUAAACUCUUCCCAAGCCUGUGGACCAUUCGUUAAUUACAACACCUCCUGGGCGGUGCUGCCAACUACAGUAUCCACGUUACCUCAUGGAAUCAGAACACUCCUCUUCGCCCUCUCGUCAGAGGCCUUCGCCGUCUCCUUCUUUGUUAUCACAUGUUUGGCCAUGUUUUAUGUGAUCGCACUCGCUGGAGCUCACAAGAGAGUCAUCAACCAGCUAAGAGAGCAGCUAGCCAUGGAGGGCCGAGACAAGCGUUUCCUCAUCCAAAAGCUGUGCCAGGCCCAGAGGCUCUCCUCUAUCAAAUCCCCAGGCUCCAAACCUCAGCCCCGCAGCAGCAGCAGAAGCAGCCCCAGCUACCACACCAGCUUCUCCAAUAACUUCAAUGAAAGUGUGUUCCUGGCACACUCACCCCCCGACUCCUCCACGCAUCAGCUCAGCUGGUACGGAACCGGAGGCAGCGUGCUGUUGCUCGGCUCAUCGAGAGAUCAGUCAGCCAAAAUGUUGAGAAUUACGAUACGGGCAGACAUGGGAGCCCUUUGGGUGUUAUUCUGUAUCACGUAUUCGCAGUUUCUAACCGUGUCCUCUGAUGAUAUAGUGGUGGCCUGCGGGGGAUUCGUGAAAUCCGACGUUGAGAUCAAUUACUCCCUGAUCGAGAUUAAACUGUACACCAAACAAGGGUCCUUGAAAUAUCAAACGGAUUGUGCUCCAAUCAAUGGCUACUUUAUGAUCCCUCUCUAUGACAAGGGGGACUUUGUUUUGAAGAUUGAACCUCCUCUUGGGUGGAGCUUUGAGCCGACCAGUGUCGACCUCCAUGUGGAUGGAGUGAGUGACAUCUGUACAAAAGAAGAAGACAUCAACUUUGUCUUCACUGGCUUCUCCGUCUCAGGAGCGGUUCUGAGUAAAGGCCAUCUCCUUGGUCCGGCUGGAGUAGAAGUCAAACUCACCCGAGCUGGAACGGAGGAGAAACUCCAGAGUGUGGUCACACAGCCUGGAGGAAAGUAUACCUUUUUAAAAGUACUCCCUGGAAAUUAUGACAUCACAGCUGCCCAUCCCUCCUGGACUCUUGAGCAGAGCGCUACCUCAGUACUCGUCACCAAUGCCAAUGCCCCAGCCGCCGACCAUCUGGUAGUUGGAGGCUACGAUGUCUCAGGGGAGGUCCGCAGUGAUGGAGAGCCCAUGAAAGAGGUCACCUUCCUACUGUACUCAGCCACAGUCAAGAAAGAGGAUGUUAGUGGCUGUAACACAUCCCCAGUGGAGGGGGCAGAUUCUGGGGACAGCUCCCUGGUCUACCUGUGCAGCGCUCUAUCCAGGGAAGACGGGACCUUCGUCUUCCCCUCACUGGCCAGCGGCGAGUACACCGUGGUGCCUUUCUACAGGGGAGAGAGAAUCACGUUUGAUGUCGCUCCUUCCAGGAUGAAUUUUAAGGUGGAACACAACAGUUUGAAACUAGAGCCCAUCUUCCGUGUCAUGGGCUUCUCCGUGACAGGCCGAGUUCUCAACAGCGUAGGUGGGGAGGGCGUUCCUGACGCUACCGUGUCCCUCAACAACCAGAUCAAAGUCGUCAGCAAGGAGGACGGUUCUUUCCGGUUGGAGAACAUGACGGCGGGUACCUACACCAUCCGUGUCAGCAAGGAUCUCAUGUUCUUUGAGCCAAUCACAGUGAAGAUCGCCCCCAACACACCCCAACUUCCUGACAUCAUCACAGCAGGGUUCAGUGUGUGUGGCCAGAUUUCCAUCAGCCGCUUGCCUGAGGGCAUGAAGCAGCAGGGCCGUUACAAGGUCACUCUGACACACCGGGGCCAAGACAAGGCCUCCAGCAGGACCAUCGACUCUGAUCCUCAGGGGGCGUUCUGCUUUCAGGCCAAACCUGGAGACUACAGUGUCCAUGUAUCUCUCCCCGAGGUGGAGGUGAAAGCAGGCCUUGCUCUGCAGCCUCAGGCCCUGGAGGUCUCCCUCGUGGACCGGCCCCUCACUGACCUACUUUUUACCCAGUUCAUGGCUUCUGUCUCUGGAAAAGUCUACUGUUUAGCGUCCUGUGAUGACCUGUCAGUAACACUUCAACCAGUGAGUCGGCAGGGAGAGAGACGGACGGUGGCUCUGUCUGGCAGCAGCGACAUCCUCAGCUUCUCCUUUGAAGACAUUUUACCUGGGAAAUACAAAGUCAGUAUUACUCAUGAGGAAUGGUGCUGGAAGCAUAAGUCCAUGGAGGUGGAGGUUCUGGACUCUGAUGUCGUCGGGGUGGAGUUCAGACAGAUUGGCUACAUCCUGCGCUGCUCCCUCUCCCAUGCCAUUACUUUGGAGUUCUUCCAAGAUGGCAGCAAACCUGAGAAUGUCGGCGUGUACAACCUCUCUAAGGGAGUCAACCGCUUCUGUCUCUCCAAGCCAGGUGUUUACAAAGUCACCCCUCGCUCCUGCCACCAGUUUGAGCAGGACUUCUACACCUACGAUACCUCAGCCCCCAGUAUCCUCACCCUCACCGCAGUGCGGCAUCACAUGACUGGGCUCAUCACCACCGACAAGAUCCUAGAUGUCACCGUGACUAUCAAGUCAUCUAUUGAGAGCGAGCCGGCGCUGGUGCUGGGUCCCCUGCGAAGUCUGGAGGAGCAGAGGCAGGAGCAGCAGCUCCAGGAGAUUCAACUGCGCCGUCAGGAACGAGAGCGCCGCGCCGCUGAAGAGGAUGGAGGCGCCAGGGACGACAGCCCGCCUAUCCAGGAGAAGGCUGAUGAACUGACGGGUCCUUUCCACUAUGAGUUCUCCUACUGGGCCAGGGCUGGAGAGAGGAUCACAGUGACACCCUCAUCCAAAGAACUGCUGUUCUACCCUCCUGAGGUCGAGGCCACCAUCACUGGAGAGUCGUGUCCAGGUCGUCUGGUGGACAUCACAGGGCGCGCAGGUCUCUUCCUGGAGGGCAAGGUGUCGCCAGAGCUACAGGGUGUGGAGAUCUCUAUCACUGAAAGAGGAGCUGCUGUGCCGCUCAUCACUGUGGCCACCAAUGAGAUGGGAACAUACAGUGUGGGCCCGCUCCACAGCGACCGGCAGUACGACAUCAGCGCCAGUAAAGAAGGUUUCGUCCUGAGUCCCGUCGAGGGAACCCAGGGAGAUUUCAAGGCGUUCGCUCUGGCUGGUGUGACCUUCAAGAUCAAAUCGGAGGAUGGUCUUCCCCUGUCAGGUGUCCUCCUGUCCCUGAGUGGAGGACAGUUUCGCUCCAACCUGUUGACUCAGGACACCGGCCUGCUCACCUUUAAUAACCUGAGUCCUGGUCAGUAUUACUUCAAGCCCAUGAUGAAGGAGUUCCGCUUUGAGCCGGCGUCUCAGAUGAUCACAGUGGAGGAGGGUCAGAACCUCAGUAUCGAUAUAACUGGCAUUAAGACUGCUUACAGCUGCUACGGAGCAGUGCAGUCUCUGAGUGGAGACGCAGAGAGGGAUGUGGCUGUGGAGGCAGUGGGACAGGGAGAGUGUAGCCUCUACAGCGAGGACACCGUCACUGAUGAAGAGGGUCGCUUCAGACUCAGGGGUCUGCUGCCUGGUUGCAAAUAUCUAAUUCAGCUGCGAGCUGAAGGCAACGACCACAUAGAGAGGGCCUUACCACAACACAGAGCCAUAGAGGUGGGCAGUAGUGACAUUGAAGGGGUCAACAUCAUCGCCUUCAGGCAAAUCAAUCAGUUUGACCUCAGUGGAAACGUCCAGACGUCCCCUGAACAUCUCACAACGCUAUCGGUGAAGCUUUACAAGAGCGACAAUCUGGACAACCCAAUCAACAGCGUCUCUCUGGGACAGUCCCUCUUCUUCCACUUCCCUCCUCUGGACAGAGAUGGAGAGAGUUACGUGCUGAUGCUGUACUCCACGCUGUCCCGCUCCCAGUAUGACUUCACUCUGCCUCAGGUCUCCUUCACCUCCAGUGGCUACCACAAGCACGUCACACUCACCUUCAACCCCACUCGUAAAGUGCCUGACCAGGAUGUUGCCCAGGGCUCCUACAUAGCUCUGCCCCUCACGCUGCUGCUCCUGUUAGCAGCGUACAACCAUGAGAAGGUAAUCCCCCUCCUCUUACAAGUGGUGAACCGUAUCCAGGGAGUGAGGAGCAUGGCCCAGGUCAGCAGUGACAGCGCCGCUCUGGAUGAAGCCAAACGUCAGGCCAAGAGACAGAAAGCCAGGCGCACAUGAGGACCUGCAAUCACGGCUCACCUCAGACCACAUCUUCGCACACUAAUUGGUACACCUGCACACAUGGUUACAGCCUCAGAGAGCACUGCGGGUUAGCUCAUAGGACGCAGGUUCACUAGAUAAACCUCUUAACGUUUGGAGUGGCUCAUCGUGGGUGCAAGUGAACUGUUUAGCUCGCUAGGAUGUGAUUUGGCCCCCGAGUGAAGCCCAACAUGAACCACUCGAUAUGCAUUACCACCACCUCAUCAGCCACUCGGAUUCACUGGACUGAUCGCUGACAUUUUACAGGUUGUUUUCUUCUGUUGCUUUUUUUUUUUAACUCCUUUUUUUCCAGAACACUCGUGUCUAAAAAAAAAUGUUAAUAUUUGUGAUAGAAUAUGAGCCAUUUUUAUACAUUUGUAAUUUAUCUAGGUCAACUAAAAUCUUUUGCUUGUGUUUUGGAAGCACUUGAAUGCUUUUGAUAUCUGUCCUGACAUAGUUUGGGAUGAUCAGGCAGCGUGGAUGAUCAUGUGACUCAGAUUCCAGCAUUUGGGUCAAUUCAGCGAAUACACAAAGGAGAUUGUCAUCAAAGUGUGGCUGGAAUUAUAUAAAAUGUAUUCAUGACUACCUAUAUUAACUUAAAGGGACAGUUCACCACCAAAUCAAAAAUAUACAUUUUUC